AUGAAAACUAAUCAUCAACUUCAGCAACAACUUCAUCCCAUUGCUCAAUCUGCUAACAGUCACAUGUCGUUAAAUAAUCAACAACAUUCUGAUAAUUUGCAACCAGAACUUCAUCAGCAUUCAAUUUUACCCCAGCAAUCGCGUAAAGGUUCUUCGUCUGGAACUGUUCAACAGUUGAACCCCAGAAAUUGUAAAACUGAAGGUAACAACAAUGUAUCCGCUACUGUUUGCGCUAACUGUGGAAUUACCACUACACCGUUGUGGAGGAGAGCUCCGAAUGGAGAGACGAUUUGUAAUGCUUGUGAAAUUACUAUUGGAUCCAGCAGUGCUAGAAACACUGUUCGUCCACCUUGGUUGAAACGUAACGCAAUCAAAAAAGCCACACCUUCUUCACCUGAAUCUUCUGAUACUGCUAGUACUGGAACGUGUCCAGGUGAUGGUCAUUGUGAUGGCACUGGUGGAUCUCGUUCGUGUGAUGGUUGUCCGGCUUACAACCAACAUCAAGUGAAUCGUCAAGCUUUGAGUUGUGCUAAUUGUGGUACAAAUACCACCCCUCUUUGGCGACGCGACGAAGCCGGUAACACUAUUUGCAACGCCUGUGGUCUUUACUUCAAGCUGCAUAAUGUGCACCGUCCAGUUGCCAUGAAACGUUCGGUGAUCAAACGCCGUAAACGCGUUGCGUUGGCUUCUUCACCACCACCUACAUCUCACCAUCGUCACACUAAUCGCGAGGUAGACAAUCAUCGUAAGAAUCGCAUUCAACAUCCCCCAACUCCCUCUUCAACUUCUGGGUCCGAGCCUGGUUAUUUUUCGUCUGAAGAGGAUGAUUGCUCUAGCGAUGGAACUCAACUUGGUCAAAAGAGAAAAUACUCUAUGACUGGAACAUCAAGCAAACGUCUGUGUGGUAACGAUAGACAAGUUCCCGCCAUUGAAGAUUACAUCACACCCAAACAACAUGUCAAUCCUCCUCAUGGAGAUAAUGGAAUGUGGAAUACUCACGUUAUUGAUGAAAGACGUCGAAGUUUGAGUCCCGUUGAAUCCUUGUCUCAAGUGCAGAUUCAUGCUAAUCUCAAUAGUGGUGGACGCAUCAUGAGGACUCCCAGCAUUCCUUUUCCUCCUGUUUAUUCUACUAACAACAAUAAUUUCCAAUCGACUCAAGAUAAUAAUUUCCAAUCAACUCAAUACAAUAGUAAUAAUAAUGAUGGUUCGGCUUCUCCUAAUCAUGGAAGCAGCAGCAACAAUUCUCAUUACACUGCACCUUCUUCUCAGAUUAGUUCAAUUUCGGCUUUGCUCAAUCCUACUUCUCCACCUAUCAAUAAGAAUGUCACCACUCACUUGCCUCCGAUUACUUCAAUUCCUUCACCUGUUAUGAAUACUUCAGUUGCUCAAAAUAACAUGCCAAUUGGUAAUCUCUUGCAACAACCCACGCAACGUCCUCAUAUUCCCCCUAACAACAGCGACCCUAAUAUAACUAGAGAGGUUUUGCAAGCUCACCGUCAAGAAUUGCAACGCGAAGUUUCUCACCUUAGUAUGCUACUCAGUCGAACCACUGCCAUCUUAUGUGGAUUGGAUCAAACUUUGGGUUCUAAUGUCGGCUCCGAAUCUGCACCUCAUAAUCCCCCUUCCAAUUCGGGUCACGAUCAACCAAUUUCGACUGUAGGUUUGGCUUCCGAAGCUAAUUCUACAUCGGCUUUGGCUUCAUUGUUUGUAAAUCAAUAUGCCGGAAAACAAGUUCAACAAAGUUACGUUCUUCCUCCUCCAUCUGGUUUAGUUGGUCCACGUGUAUAA